AUGCCUAACUCUACCACAGUGACUGAAUAUAUGCUUACAAGAUUUUCUGAUGUGUGGGAGCUCAGAAUCUUACACGCCAUGCUAUUUCUACUGACAUACUUGGCGACUCUGCUGGGGAAUCUUCUCAUUGUCAUAGUAACCACCCUUGACCAGAGUCUUCACACCCCCAUGUAUUUCUUCCUUAGGAAUCUGUCUGUCCUGGACAUCUGCUACAUUUCUGUCAUUGUACCUAAGGCAUGUGCCAUCUUCCUGCUUGACAACAGGGUAAUCUCCAUGGUUGGAUGUACUGCUCAGAUUUUCCUUGUAUUAUUGUUUUCUUUUGUAGAACUGCUGUUCCUCACUAUUAUGGCUCGUGACCGUUACGUGGCUAUUUGCCAACCCCUCCACUAUCCUGUGAUCAUGAACCCUCAGGUCUGUGUCCAGAUGUCUCUGGCCUCUGUAUUCAGUGGUCUUGUCUACUCAGGAUUCCACACAAGCAUCACUUUCCAGCUGUCCUUCUGUCAGUCCAACAUUGUCCAUCAGUUCUUCUGUGACAUACCCUCUCUGCUGAAGCUCUCCUGCUCUGACACCUUCAUCAACAAAAUUGUACUUUUUGUCUCUACUGUUGUGUUUGCAGGUGGCUGUUUUUCCUUCAUCAUCCUUUCUUAUAUACACAUAUUUUCUGCUGUGCUCAGGUUUCCAAUCAGAAGAGAGAGAAGAAAAACCUUUUCCACCUGUGUUCCACAUAUUCUUGUGGUGACAGUCUUUGUCAGCUCAGCUUCUGCUGUGUAUAUGAAGCCAAACUCCAACUCACCCACAAUUCAGGGCAUGAUAUUUUCCGUAUUCUACUCUGUAGUCCCGCCCUUCUUAAAUCCUAUUAUUUAUAGUCUUCGGAACAAGAAGAUAAAGGAAGCUGUAAGGAAAAUUAUGAAUAGAAUGCUCUAUUCAGGAAAAUGA